GCGAGUUUCCAGGCGGGGCAGAGGGAGGGGAGGUCUGCGCCUGUCACCUUUUGUAUCAGCGCGGAAGCACAGCCAGCACAUGAGCGCGGACAGACAGGCAGUGCGGGACAGACGGCUGUGCGGGGAGAGAGCGACCCAGAAGCUACACAGGGAAACCAAGCACCGCAGUUCAGGCAGGAAGGAUGGGGAUGUGGGAACGGCGUCUGUGUUUCUGGAGAUAAGUGUCUGGAAAGAAACUUGAAGCACAUAAAGCCGUUUUGGCUGAGAAAAGUGACUAUUUCAAGGCGCGGCAGUUCCGAGACGUAUGCAGAUUUAAAGGGGGUGCGUUUUAAGACUUUGACAAUAUUGGUGGAUUACAUUUACUCGUACUGAAUGCAGGUUAGUACGGUUAAUAUUGUAGAGGUCGUCACCCGGGCUAAAGUGUUAUAAAUUCUUUUCGCAGUUCAAGCUGCUGUCGAUAAAAUGUCGGAGCAGAUUACCGCUGAGAACUGCUAUGAGAUUUUGACAAUAGCCAAAAGGCAAUGUAUCGAUGAAUUGAAGCAGAAAGCCUACAAGCACAUGAGUGACAAUUUCUUGGAAAUACUGCGUGAUCCUGCUGUCUAUGGGCGUUUGACGGGAGGGGAGAGAGAGAGGAUUCUCACUAUGAGAAUGGAGGGAAAGAGGGCGUUGGUGGUGGCUGAAAUCAACGAGGUGUAUGACCGCGCCGGGAGCAGACCUCCAAGCCGUGAGAACAGUCGCCCCCAGAGCCCUCUAUCGAUGGUGUCCCUGGAGGAGAACCAUGUGAUUUACUAUUACAACGAGGAGACAAAGGACUGGAAAGUGCUGACGAAGAUGCCUGAUGAAAUCAACACAAAGGGCUCUGGGAUAUGCACCAUGUACAAUUAUCUAUUCGUAGCAGGUGGAAUCAAAGUGCAGGGCGACAAAGGCAAGGUCUCAGACAAGGUGUUCUGCUACAACCCUCUCACUGACAGCUGGAGCGAAAUACGACCGCUCACCCAGGGUCGGUCUCAGCUCAAACUGGUGUCCAUGGACGGGUACCUGUUUGCAAUCGGAGGGGAGUGUCUCUUCACCGUGGAGAAAUACGACCCUCGCACUGACAGAUGGAGCCCCGUGGCGCCGCUACCAAAAGGGGCGUUCGCUGUUGCGCACGAGGCAACGACCUGUAAUGGAGAGCUGUUCGUAUCCGGAGGCUCUCUCUUUUAUCGUCUGCUAAGAUAUGACAGUAGAAGAGCUGACUGGGAGGAAUGCCCGUUCAACAACAGCAGGAAGAAAUCCACUGACAUGGUGGCGUUUAAAAACUUCAUCUACAGGUUUGACGUCAACCGUGACUAUGGCGUCAACGUGUUCAAAUACAACACCGUGGUGAAAAUAUGGCAUGACAGUGCGUCUCUGGAGCAGACCAACCCCUUGCCCUUUCGCUGUGCUGUCAUUGGCAACACGAUUUACUGUGUGAACAAGUCCCAAACAUUGCAGUUUGUUGUGGAAGAGGAGAAUGAACAGUUUUUGCCUGAGGCAGAAGCACUCAAAGCACCUGUAGAGGCUAAAGGUGCCCUUGUUCCAUUUGUCUUGGCUCUGCCCAAGACAGCCUGAGACAGAAUAAUGAACAAUAGUUACCUAUUUUUGGAGACUCACUAAAGCGGCCUCAGAAAUGUCAUUUGAGGACAAAAUAUGUUGUGUUUGAUAAAAGACUGUGAUAAGAAUGAUACAUUAAAUAAUUUGUCAAUUUUCAUGAACAGUAUUUUUAAUUCCUACCAGAGGACAGUAAUAUUGUGAUUGGCUUCUCUUAUCUUGCCUCUAUGGCUAUACACUUCAACAGCUCUACAGAAACAAUGUAGCCUACUGUAUAGACCUAGGUGAUGUCAAUAGGCAGAACUUUUUCAUCAACAGCACUGCCAAAGCAAUAUGUAUUCCCAAGUGUUUAUAAUUAAAUGGCAAUAUAACUAUUGCAUGAUUCAAAUAGUUUUCCCCUCUGAGAGUAUUACCUGUUAUUACUAAGUGGAAACAUUGCCUUGUUUCUAAGAGUAGGAAUAAAACGUGCUGCAAAGCAGCUUUUUGCCAAAGGCAGGGGAGAUAUACACAAUGGGAGAUAACAGGGAUCCCUGUUGAUAUAAUAUAAGCUAGCUACUAUGGCUUUAUUACAGGGAAUGAUAGAACAUCCCAUUGUAUGGUAAAGGAUUAGCAGCAUCAAGAAACCGAUUUGAAUGUCUAAGGAAAGUCUGGUUUGAGUGGCGAUAUUGUCUAUUAGUCUGUGGCCUGGAUAAUGACAUGAAUUUCUCACAUUACUAUAAGUAUGGCAUUUUUGGGUGGACUUGUCUUCCAAACCCUCUCAGCCCUGAAUCCCUGACCACAGGCGGACAGUCUCAUUUUAGAGCUGGGCAUAUUGACCCAUAACGCCAACUCUCCAAAAUGUGCUGAGUUAGGCAUUAAAGAUAUUUGUGAGAUUCAUGUUUUUUGACACCUUAGAGUAUUUUUUUUUUUUUUUACACUUUUCACCCUUGUCCGCGGUGAUUGUGCAAUAGUUUAUUUAUCAAUCCAUCAAUGGACAGCAGUUUGUGAAACGAAUGUACUCGACAGCAUGUUGUGAAAUUCACAGUUGGGAUAGUUGCUGUUGUUGCACAGCUUCCUUUUAUUUAUUUAACCUUAAUUAACCUUCCUUAUAGAGCGCCUGGAGAGGGCUAAGGCUGUUUACAGCAGCACCAGGGCUAAGGCUGUUUACAGCAGGACCAGGGCUAAGGCUGUUUACAGCAGCACCAGGGCUAAGGCUGUUUACAGCAGCACCAGGGCUAAGGCUGUUUACAGCA